CCUUUUCUCUCCGCCUUGUGGAAAACGCCGAGGAAUCAGAAAGAUUCUGCGAAGCUUGAUAUCUGGGGAGUUCGAUUUCGUGGUGGGGAGUAGAUGGAUCUGGAAACUGAGAAUCGAAUAGCUUCGAUUCUGUUGAGAGAAGCAGCGGAAUUGAGGAGACAAGCUGAGAAAGAAGGAGUCCGAGCGUAUCUUGAGAAGCCUAAUGUAAGGCAUCGACCUAACUCUAGGUUUCUCACUGCUACUGUUCUUGGUGUUCAGCAAGCAAACAAAGCUGUAGAGACCGAUGAGAUGUGGAGGCUUCGACACGCAGAGAUUGAGUUUGAUCAGAGGCUCAAAAGAAAAUCAAGAGAAGUGAGCAAUGGCAGUGGCCAAAGUGAACAGGGCGAUAGGAGGAGUUUUGUUAAGAGAUGCACUUCAGUUGAUGAGAAUGUUGCUCGUUCUUCACCAUCGUCAAGUCAGAGCAGAAAUAAAAUAUGGCAACCCGAUGGUGAUGAUAAUGAUGGAGAAGGGUUGGGAGAUGUCGAGGUUGAGACUUUUCUCCAAUCAAGGGUCAAGCGUGGCAGAGGCUCUAUUGGUCCUAAGAUGGAUGAACCAUUUCCUUGUCUUCAUGUGAAAGAACCGUCAAGAACUUCUGAUACAAGAGAAUGCAAGUUAGUUUUACAGCCAGAGAGACGGCCUAUCCUUAGACAUAACACUGAUUCUUCUUCUUCCGAUGAUGAGCGUACUCAUAGAAAAAGAAAAGAGCAUAAGCAGAACCGUAGUAAGAGGCACAAGUCGAAAGAGAAGAAAAAAGAUAGGAAGGAGAAGAGGAGAGAAAAGAAAAAGAGGAAACAUGGUAGGGACUAGGUGGUCUUCUUCGGACAAAAGCUAUUGCACACGUUCAGAAGAGUGAGAGAGGAAAAAAUGUUAAUGUUGGGUUGAGUGCGAGAGAAAGUGGAUGUUGCAAAAAUGUUAUACAAGAGAUGGAUACAGAGAUUGUUUACUCCUACGAUAAUGUAUGUUCAAUAUAUAUAAACCAUUUUUCGUUUUAA